CUUUAUACUGAUUGUUCAGUUUCACACUUCACACCCUUUACUCAAUGCCUGAAAGACAGCGGCAAACAGUAAGGGCUACGACGCUUGCACAUCAACGUGCUUUGAUACCUUCAUCCUUUAUGGAUUUCCCUCUUCAAAGAUUGGUGGCAACUAUUAUAUUUGGAACUUUACAAACAAUCAAGAUCUUUUACGCAUUUCGAACCUACACAGCUACUUACCCUGAACAAUACAACGGCAUCUUAUUAUGGUGGUGGUUUUUGGAUGCAACCUUUAUUUUUGUAUUAUAUGUAUUCCGGAUUCCUUGGUUACAGUUCUCUUCUUUGAAAUCCAUUCUUUUAGUGAUCUUUCUGUCAACCAUUGAUGUUUUGAUCUUUGUUGGACCACAGUUUCUCUUCGGUGGUGGACUCAUCAAGCUAUUAUUAGGUGAAUCCUUGGGCAAACAACUCAGUGUAUCGCGCGCCAAAAUGAUUGAUAUCAAGGAUGUUAUUUUCGACCCUACGCAUAUUUUGGGAAAGCAUACUGUACAUAUUUUACCAUAUGGUACUGCAAAAUUAAAUCCUAAUGAUGAAUAUUUCUGCUUAUCGUCUAACGAAGUGGGGAAAACUGAUAUAUAUAUUCCUAUUGUGCUGAACAACACGAUCCCAAAAUCAAUCUCGGUAUCACGAUACGACUUUGACUCUCAAAGAACCAACAAACACAGCUACUCUGAAGAUAAGAUUCAACGAGCAACAGAAAUUGGUCAGGGAAGACAAGGUCUUGAAUACUACUAUAUACGUGUCAACAAACCUGGUGCUUACUCAUUAGAUAAAAUUAUCAGCAAGGAUGGUGCUCAUGUUCGACUUUACUCUAGAAAUGCCUUUGUAUUCACUUGUCCUAUGGCUCGUCUUCAAGCUUCUGGCUAUUCGGAUUAUUGCAAAGGUGAUAAAGACUCGGUACAAUUGGAUGUAACAGGUGUGCCACCUCUCAAGGUUGAAUAUACUCGUCGCAUUGGUAGUUCUGUCUCGGAUUUGAAAUUGGAUCAUAUUCAACCUACUGCUCCUUCCUUUGACUCUCCAUUGACUCGUUUCACUGCUGGUUUACAAGAUGCUGAUCCUUCAUUCUUUACUCCUUCUUAUCAUACAAAUUAUGAUUGGGCAUCUCGUCAACUUCUUUCUAUUCAACUCAACUUAACAUUCGAUCAAACACAACAGUACGAAUAUCAACUUAAACGUGUAGUGGAUGGUGCAGGUAAUGUGGUUGAUCUUUCAUCCCUUCCUAAGCAAGUGUUCACAGUCCAUGGUCCUCCUUCUAUCCAAUUCACUUGUAAUGUAAAAGAUCCAGUCAAGUUACUCAUCGGGCAAGAUUCUGUUGGUGCACCUAUACAACUUAAAGGAUCUGGUCCUUACUCUGUGUCCUAUGAAUAUGUCAGUGAUGAUGCAACAAUGGAUACCAAGAAAGUGGAAACAAAGCAAAUCACAAUCAAGAAUGAUGGUACCUCUACAUUAGAAGUGAAAUCUCCUGGUGAAUAUAGACUUAUUUCUAUCAGUGAUCAAUUCUGCAAAGGUGAUGUACUCUUCCCUUCUACUUGUCAAGUGAUUCAACCUCCUUUACCUUCUGUCAAGUUACAACAUACUCCUAUUCCUUCUGAAUGUUCCAGUGGUAGUGAAAUUGGAAUGCGUUUUGUUGCUGAUUUCCAAGGUGCUCCUCCUUACACAUUGAAAUACUCUGUGAUCAAGAAUCAUGGUCGACGUAAACAAACUGUGGAUCGACAAAUCUCAACUGAUCGUUCUCGUCAUAUUUUCACUUAUUUGCCAACAUCCAGUGGUGAUUAUACAUAUGAAUUCAAGACAUUGAUUGAUGGUCAUUACACUAAGGAUCCAAAGAUUCCACCUAUCAAACAAACUGUUCAUCCCCAACCUGAUGCCAAAUUUGAUGAAAAAUUAACUAGUAAACGUACUUGUUUAGGUGAAGAAAUGAAUUUGUCAGUCAACUUGGCAGGUGCUGCUCCAUUUACUUUGGUCUGGGCCUACGAUAAGCAAGAACAUUCUGAAGUUGUCACAGGUGAUCAUUAUGAUAUUUCACUUCCUCCAUUUGAAACUGCUGGUCGUCACAUUGUCUCAUUGAUCAAGAUUGAAGAUGCAAAUGGAUGUAGCAAGGAGUUAGAUUCUAGAGAUGUUGUGAUUGAUGUUCGUCGUGAUCGCCCCAUGGCUUUCUUCUACUCAGAAAACAAACAGGACAAAACGGUGUAUAUCGCGGAAGGAGAAACUACCAACUUACCUUUACGUCUGACUGGUGAAGGACCAUGGGAAAUUACCUAUCGUCAUAUUAAUGGCAAGAAUGACAAUACUUACACCAAAUCAUUUGUUGAUCCAAACUCUGAUCUCACUGUCAACAAGGUUGGCCGAUAUGAACUAUUGACGGUAACUGAUUCUAUCUGUAAAGGUGAUGCCUUACGACCUGAUUAUAUUGUACAAUGGAUGGAAAGACCAGCAUUGAUUAUUCCUGAAGAUCAAGCCACUCUCCUUGCCAACGAUGUUUAUGAACGUCCUGCUAUCUGUCAACAUGUGGAUGAUACCAUCAAUGUCAAGUUUACUGGCCAUGGACCCUUUACCUGUGCAUACGAUACUUUCCGUCGCGAUCUCACUGUUUCUUCAAGUAUGUUUAGCCGUCGUGAUAAUGGCAUCAAGCUGGAUCCUCAAGAAAUGACCACUGGUCUGACCAGUACUCGUAUUCCUCUUCGUACAGAUGUUGCUGGCAAAUACAAAUAUGUCUUCAAUAAGUUAUCUGAUCAACGAUAUCAACAUCCCUUCACACCUUCUCCAUUAGUGCAAUUGGAACAAACUGUUCAUGCAUCACCUACUGUCAAAUUCUCUGGUAAGCCUGCCACAGUAUCGUCCCCUCGUAUGAUGUGUGUUGGUGAAACGUUGACGUCGGCUGAAGAUCCUAUUUGGGUGGAAGCCACAGGUCAAGCGCCUUUUACAGUCUCUGUUCGAGUGAGCCAGCAAGAUAGCAAGGAUUAUAUUGUAUUGAAAGAUAUUGAAAACUCUCGGUUUGCCUUGGAUUUACCUGGUGUUUUGGAAGUCUCAGGAAAAUAUUAUGUGGAGUUGAUCCGAAUUCAAGAUGCGAAUGGAUGUUCUUCUGAUGUGGAUGGUCUUCCCAAUACUAUGAUGGUGAUUGAUGCUCUUGGCAUUGCAACUAUUACUCCUCUUGAUGCUUGUGGUGAAGUUUGUGUGGGUGAUCAACUAGAAUAUAGUUUAUCAGGCGAAGGACCAUUUACCAUUGCGUACGAAUUUAAUGGUCGACAAGAAAAAGUGAAAUCACCUACUACCAAAUUAUCGAUGAUUGCAGAUAAACCUGGUAACUUGACGAUUCUUUCUGUUGGUAAUCAACGUAACAAAUGUCAAUCGUUCCCCAAACAAUUAAGAAGUGAAAUCCAUCAAGUGCCUUCAUCUCUUGUCAGUGGUGGUCAUGAUAUCAUUGAAAGUAUCCAAGAUGGUGAUAUGGUUCAGGCUGUGGUUGAUCUUGUCGGUACUCCUCCUUUUGAUUUUGAAUGGCAACGUAGUGAAUUGGUUUGGGAUCAUGCAAGAAAACAUCAUUAUAAGGGUAGGGUGCUGGAAAGUCAUGUUGUUCAUGGUGUCAAUGAAUAUCAAUAUCAUAUCAAUACUUCCAUUGAAGGUGUUAUAGAGGUGGUUAGUAUCAAGGAUCGUUAUUGUCAAUAUCCCCGUGCAUAAACUUUUUUUUUAUUUGUCAUUUUUUUUUUUUAUUUUUUUUUAGUUUUAUUAUUCUUCUCCUUUAUAUAUUUAUACAUUUUUA